AUGUUUUACUUUUUUAUUUUAAUUAUUUCUACAUUUUUUAAAGUUAUACACAAUUCGGAAGUUGGGUGCGGCUGUAAUGUCAAUCGUAACUCACAUGUAAAUUUAAAAACGAACUUUUAUAAUGAAUUAUCUUCUAAUCAAUGUCCUAUUGAUAUAAAACACGGGAAUACAUUGAAUACCAAUAGUGUUUCAUCCAAAAUGAUUCUCAUACCAACGGGCACCUACCAGGUUGGCACUGAUGAAAUACUCAUUGAAUCUGAUAAUGAAGGUCCAAAGAAAUUCGUGCAGCUAAAAAGUUUUUACUUAGACAAAUACGAGGUUUCUAACAGAGAUUUUACAAUUUUUACUGAAUCAACGGAUUAUAAGACUGAGGCCGAAACAUUUGGUGAUAGCUUUGUGUUCACACUUUUUUUGAAUAACACAUUUAAGCAACAAUUGAAUGACUUUCGAGUUAUGCAGGCGCCGUGGUGGUACAAAGUUUAUGGUACCAACUGGAAACAUCCUUUGGGUCCAGACUCUGAUGUAGCAGAUUUGAUGGACCACCCUGUUACACAUGUAUCUUGGAAUGAUGCAAAGGCAUACUGUGCUUGGCGAGGUGCAAGAUUACCAACAGAAGCUGAAUGGGAGGCGGGCUGCCGCGGGGAGAAUUAUAAUAUUACAUACCCAUGGGGUGACAAACUAUUCCCAGAUAGAAAACAUAUGGCGAAUAUAUGGCAAGGUACGUUCCCAAACCACAAUUCAGCGAAAGAUGGAUACGUUGGAACAAAUCCAGUUCACCUCUUUGAACAAAACAAGCUCGGUCUUCAUAAUAUGGCUGGGAAUGUAUGGGAAUGGACAGAAGAUGUCUGGUCUGAAGACAAUCCCAAAGAAAAAGUAAAGAAGGGAGGUUCGUAUCUCUGCCAUCGAUCAUAUUGUUAUCGAUAUCGAUGUUCUUCACGCUCGCACAACACUGACGACAGUUCAGCCGGCAAUUUGGGAUUCCGCUGUGCAAAAUCAACGUAA